AUGGUGCUGGAGCGCCGGGGCGGGGGCCGAGAGCCUGGUGGGGGGCGGCGGCGGCGGGGCCGGCCCCCUGCACCGCCGGCAGAGGCGGAGGAGGGCGCGGGGCAGCGGCGGCCGCCGCGCCGGCUGCGGGGCCCGCCGCGCCAUCUCCUCCGCCUCCUGUCGCUGCUGCUCCUGCUGCCUGCCGGCGCCGCGGGCCAGGCCAGCCCUAGCUCCGGCCCGCACGCCGUGAGUCCCCCGCACUGGCCCCCCGCCGGGCCGGGACCCAGCCUCAGCCUCUACCUGAGCGAGGAGGAGGUGCGCCGGCUGAUAGGUCUUGAUGCAGAGUUGUAUUAUGUGAGGAAUGAUGUUGUUAAUCAUUAUGCGUUGUCCUUCAAUCUCUUAAUUCCCAGCGAGACUAGCAAUCUUCACUUUAGUUGGCAUGCUAAAUCCAAGGUUGAAUAUAAAUUGGGAUUUCAGGUAGAUAAUCCUGUGGCUAUGGAUAUGCCCCAAGCCAACAUUUCAUUAGAAGGAGAAGUCCCUCGCAUGCUCUCAGUGUUUCGUGUUGAACUCUCCUGUGCUGGCAGACUUGACUCCGAGGUCACGAUGUUAAUGCAGCUCAAUUUGACAAUAAACUCCUCAAAAAACAUCACAGUAUUAAAUUUCAAACGAAGGAAAAUGUGCUACAAAAAACUUGAACCAGAAGUGAAGUCUCCAACAUCUGACAAAAACAGCAGCAAGGCUAUCUUUGAUCCUGUAAAUGCAGCUCCCACCACUUCUACCCGUGUGUUUUAUAUCAGCGUAGGGGUGUGCUGUGCUGUUAUAUUCCUGGUGGCGAUAAUAUUAGCGGUCUUGCACCUACACAGUAUGAAAAGGAUAGAGUUGGACGACAGCAUUAGUGACAGCAGUAGCUCACAAGGCUUAUCCCAGCCUUCCACACAGACAACACAAUACUUGAGAGCUGACACACCAAACAAUGCAACACCAGUAACCAGCUCCUCAGGUUAUCCUACGUUACGAAUAGAGAAGAAUGAUCUUAGAAGUGUCACUCUAUUGGAAGCAAAAGCUAAAGUGAAGGACAUAGCCAUCUCCAGAGAAAGGAUAACUCUAAAGGAUGUACUCCAAGAAGGCACGUUUGGGCGCAUAUUCCAUGGAAUUCUAAUAGAGGAAAAAGAUCCCAGUAAAGAGAAACAAGUUUUUGUCAAAACUGUUAAAGAUCAAGCCUCAGAGGUACAGGUGACAAUGAUGCUGACUGAAAGCUGUAAACUCAGAGGACUUCAUCACAGGAAUCUGCUACCUAUUACUCAUGUCUGUAUAGAAGAGGGAGAGAAACCAAUGGUGCUGCUGCCAUACAUGAAUUGGGGGAACCUUAAACUUUUCUUGCGACAAUGCAAGUUGGUGGAGGCCAACAAUCCUCAGGCAAUUUCCCAGCAGGAUCUUGUACAUAUGGCUAUUCAGAUCGCCUGUGGAAUGAGUUAUUUGGCCAGACGGGAAGUUAUUCAUAAAGACCUGGCUGCUAGAAACUGUGUCAUUGAUGAUGCACUUCAGGUUAAGAUUACAGACAAUGCGCUAUCACGAGACCUAUUUCCUAUGGAUUACCAUUGCCUGGGAGAUAAUGAAAACAGGCCAGUUCGAUGGAUGGCUCUUGAAAGUCUGGUUAACAAUGAAUUUUCCAGUGCUAGUGAUGUGUGGGCCUUUGGAGUAACUCUGUGGGAGCUGAUGACUUUAGGACAGACUCCAUAUGUCGAUAUUGAUCCCUUUGAGAUGGCUGCUUAUCUAAAGGAUGGAUACAGAAUUGCUCAGCCAAUCAACUGCCCUGAUGAACUAUUUGCUGUGAUGGCCUGCUGUUGGGCCCUAGAUCCUGAAGAAAGACCCAAGUUUCAGCAGCUGGUGCAAUGUCUAACUGAAUUUCAUGCAGCGUUGGGAGCCUACGUCUGAAACUCCAGAGAAGAUUGAAUUCAGUAAUUGGGAGAAGAGAAGGCAUACGUUUCCAGCUCCAUGCAUCACUUGGACUCACACACGUGAUGUGUAUAAAGCAACACCAAAGGGAGAAAGCACUUCUUCCAAAACAUUGUGCCUUAGAGUGCUUUAGUAGUCUGAAUUUUUUUGUAAGACCUCUUGAUGUUGAAUAUUUUCUAGAUAUCACUUUUGCUAAGUUAAAUCAAGAUGCCAGCAGGGUUUUUUGUUUGUUUGUUUGUUUUUCGUUUUUGUUUUUGUUUUUUUUCAAGUGUAGUGAUAGUGAAUCUGAACACAAGAUUUGGAUGGACUUUGCACUGUUACAGCAGACACUUUUUUUUAAGGGUAUAUGGAGCUGGUAGGAAAAUGAGGAUAGGGGAGAUUAAUGCAAAAAAACGUACUGCAGAAAACUUUCCCUGCUUUGUAAAAAAUUUUAGAAAUGAAUCUUUAUGACCAGCUCUAGUGUUUGUUCUUGUAUGUAUCUGGAAUAGCUUUUUAGUAUCAAUUUUUUUCUAUUUUGAGACAACAGCACAUUGUGGUUGGAUCCACAAACAUCUUUUUUUUUUUUUUUUUUUUUUUAAAAAAACUCUUUCAUGAACAGUUUUUGGAAAAGCUGGUCUUCAAGACGCAAUAUCCUCUUUUUAAAGCAGUAAGUGAUUAUGUAAAAGUGAUUCCAGUUUACCUCAUACAGAGAGUGGUAAAGGUGGGGAAAAAUAGCGCCUCUCCUUGUAGACAAAAGGCUGAUGUGAUUUAAGAUGGUUCUAUGUGCUAAACAGAGGCCUUCAGAGAAGCGCCAAAGCAGCCUUACGCAGGAGUCUUUCACCUCAGAUUUCUGGAUUGCAGUUUCUCUUUUCGAAAAGGUACUGGUUGUUUUUAUGGGCUUUUUUGGCCUGAAAUGGGCUUAAAUAUAUAAAUAUAUAUUUGUAAAGACACUUGGCAGAGUAAAGAAUGUUUUUCUAUUACACCUAAUGUGAAAGCUUGGUCCCUCACAUUGACCUAUGUAUUAAAUGUACAGGUUAUUUAUUGUCAUUGGGGUGGAGUUGGCAUGAAGACAAGAAGGAUUGCUUCCAUCUCUGCAUAACUAUUCUCAGACUUAAUAUGUUGUCCUGACAUCUUCUUUAUCACAAAUUUCCAUUCCACCUCAAGUUAUUUUGAAUAGGAUAUUAACUAACAAGGAAUUUCGGAAAAAUGGAUGGAGUGCCAUUGAUUCAGUCAUAGAUCAUUUGUGAAUUCUUACCUAAGCAUAGUAGUAACAGAUAACUUUCAGUUCUCCUCAGAUACUGCAGAUUGCAUCCUCUACAGAGCUUGUAGGCACCAUGAGACAGGUUGCACCUUAGGACAAUGUGAAAUAUAAGGAUUUGCCUUUUGUUUCACCUCAUCUUUAGAAUAUAGCACCUGUAACUUAGAGCAUCUGGGCAACUGCAUGCCUCUUAGCUUUGCCCCUGUAGGCUCGUUAGAAACCACAGCUUUUUAGGAGACUCUGGUCUUGCAAUAAAAGCAAUUGGAUAUGGC